AGUUGCCCAGCUUCCACGAUUAUAAUGUGCAAAAUAACAUUUAAUAAUAUCUAAAUAUCCUUAAUUUUACAUUAUUUUUUAACUUAAUAAAUAUUAGUUUCUGAUAAGAGAGAAAUCGAAAGCAGUAAGAACAGUUAUGGAAAUUAAUGUUGAUGGAAGAAGAGGUAGAGGAAGACGAAAAAAGGGAUGGAGGGAUAUUAUUGAAUGCAAUAUGAGGAUGACUGAUGUGAGCGUAGAUGAUGUGGAAGAUUGUGUCAAGUGGAAGUUUAGGAUAAGGGUGGUCAACCCAAAGUAGUUGGGAUUAAGAAAAAAACCUGGCACAAAUAAAAUGUUUCAAAUAUUACACUUAAUUCGACCUGUACUAAGAAAUUCAUUGAAGAAGAAAUUCAAUUUUGCUAAUGAUCUUUUUAAUUCUAAUAUUUUUUUAAGGAAUUACGCCAUAGGUAAAUUUUACAAAACUACAAAUAUUGUUGAAAAUAAUGGGUCAUAUGGAGUAUUAUUAGAUAAUAGCAAAUUAAAGACACCCUUGGGUAAAGAAAUGAUAAUAAAUAGCAAAGCCUUAGCACUUGCUGUUGCUGAAGAAUGGAAUUUACAAGAAAAAUCUAUACAAACUGAUUCAAUGCAUUUGACAAAAUUAUGUUAUUUGUCAGUAGAUAAUCCUAAUGAACAUUGUGAAAAAGAUAUUGCACAACAAAUACUGUCUUAUUUAGAAACAGAUACUGUCUUCUUUAUUUCAGAUAAUGACAAGGACCUAGAAAAACUCUUAAAUGAAAAGUGGCUUCCCAUAAUCAAUAACUUUAAUAAAUAUUUUGAAACUAAUUUAAAACCUUCAAAAGGAAUAUACAUUAAUUGUCUUGAUGCUUACACCAAAAAAAUGGUAGAAAAAUAUCUUCUAUCACUUGGUUUUCCAGCCUUACAUGGCGUGUUACAAGCUGUUGAAACAUUAAAAUCAUUAAUUUUAACAAUCUGUUGUUUACAUCAAGAUAUUACUGUAAAUGAUGCAGUUUUACUAUCAAAGUUAGAAGAAGAAUACCAAUGUACAAAAUGGGGAAGAGUGGAUUGGAUUAAAGAUUACUCAGAUACUGAUUCAGUAAUAAGAUUAUCAGCUGCUAUGUUAUUUAUUUAUUAUACACUUAAUCCAAAACAUAAACCAAUGGCUAAAAAAGACAUUUAUCCUCAAAUACAACAGUCUUUGAAACAAUAGGAUAUAAAAUUUACUACAAAUUAUUUAAGCAUUAGGCCUUAAACUACUAUUAUAACAAUAAUGAAAUAUCAUGAUAUUUUUAAUUUAUCAUUAUUACAUUAUUGGUAUAUUUGUGAAAUAAAUUUUGCUACACAAAUAAACUAAAAACAUAACAGGUCAGA